AUGGAGCCUCUCAAGGCAGAGGUAGGUUCAAAGGCCUCAACUUCCACCACGAUCCUUGUCAUAGCUCUAACCGAUCCCCAGAAAAGAAAAAAGGCCGCCACCGCAGAAGAGUACCGUGAAGCCCGAGCCCAACUCCUCAAGCAAGAAAAGGAAGCAACCCGCCUUCUCCAGGAGCUAGCAGCAACUCGCCGCAAACUCCCAAUGGUCCAAGUACCCAACCCAGGACGCUUCAAGUUCGACACCCCAGCAGGACAAAAGACCCUCCUUGAUCUCUUCAACAACCGCAAACAACUGAUCAUCUACCACUUCAUGCUCGGCCCUGGAGAAACCCAUGUCUGUUUGGGGUGUUCGCUCUGCAUGGACCACAUUCCUGACCUUCGACACUUGGAAAGCAGAGACACGUCCUUCGUCGCGGUAGGAACCGCGCCAGUGGACGAGCUCACUGCGUAUGCAAAGAAGAUGGAUUGGAAGUUUCCUUUCUUCAGUUCUGCUCCGACACAUGCUGCCUGGGCUGAGGCCGAGAAAGAAGGUGAGGUUGUUACCUGGAAGCCGGGUAAUGGGUACUUUGGACUUUGCUGUUUCCUAAGGGAUGGCGAGGAUGUGUUUCAUACUUAUGAUACCUCUGAUCGCGGCCUUGAGGUUAUUCUUUCGACGUAUCAUUUGCUCGAUAUGACGGCGUUGGGAAGGCAGGAGGUUGGGAAUGGUAUGAAUGAUUUCCGGCGGCAUUAUGAGUAUUGA